AAUUCACCAACAUAUUCGCCAAUAUUUUUUCCUGUUACUUAUAUUACGUAUAUAAAGUUAGAACCCAAGAAAUUGCUGUUCCUCUCACUCUUGCCUUGUGCACAGGCGCAGCAUCACCGACGCAGCAGCCGACUGACAGAGCUGUGAAAUCAGCAGUUGCCCGCUAGUCCUCGUGGAGGUGGGCACUGUUGUGUCAUUUGCUCUCCUGUGCAUUUUUUUUUAAUCCUACUAUCUUGCAGAUGUCUGAAGCCUGCAGCCUGAGGCAGGUGCAAAAGAUGGCUGAAGGCGCCAAAGGUGCUUCAGGAAGAGGUCCCGCUAUACGCCCGUGAUGUGGAUAUCCAAGCAAGAUCGAAUCCACUAACACCCACCACCUACAUCGGAACCUCUACCCUCACCUGUACCACCUCCACCACCUGCACCUCUUCACCACCUCCGUCCAGGCAGGGAAUAGUCCUCCUGCAGCCCGCCGAGCAGGAUGCGGCGCCAGACAGUCCCGUGUGUGUGGCUUGCAGUGACGGCGGCGCUGGCGACACCCACCUCCCACACCCAGCACCCGCAACACACCCCGCACACACCCACACCCCCUAACAUACCAACUCCACACUCCCCAUCCUACAGAUCCUCCUCUUCCUUAUCCUCAUCCUCCACCUCCUCGCCCCACUAUUCUUCCUACCCAGACGGCACCACCACUACCACCAUAAUCUACCACCACUACCAGGACCCACCAGACGUCCCCUCACCUUCCUCUUCCGCCACCACCUUGCACCACCGCCACCAGUUCUCCCGCCUCCGCCAUAAUCACCACCCGGAGUCAAUGGAGGACCAGGUGGCGGUGCUGACGGAGAUGCGGGUGGAGUGUGAGCUGAAGAUGAGGAAUGAGGAGCGAGAAAAGAGGAAAGGGAGGGCGGGAACACCGAUCAAGUCUUCCUCCACCGACACCACCACGACAGCGGAUGGGGGAAUCUAUACCAGCUCCUCCACCCCCAACGCCGCCCCAAGCGACCCUUUAGUACCUCCUGGAUUUGCCAACUGGAAAGAAAACGAGGAGCAUUCUGAAGGGGAUGACACUGAAGUAGAAAACGGAGGUCGAGGCCUCGGGAGUGUGAAAGAAAAUGAGUCUGUGGAUGGUUUCUGCCCCACGACCUUCGAUAAUAUAUACUGCUGGCCCAGGACGGCUCCAGACAAGAUCGUGACCAUCCCAUGUCCUGGCUACGUUAAGAACUUCAUGCGAGGGAACAAUGCUACACGGUACUGCACCUCCGAGGGCACGUGGUACACCCUUGAAGGUACUAACCAGACGUGGACCAACUACAGCCAGUGUUCGGCCACGCUCGUCGUCCCGCUGGUGAUGAACUCGACGAUGGGAAUGUGGGUGCCGGUGGUGAGGGUCGUGUCUCUAGUUGGCUACAGUGUCUCCCUCGCCACACUCUUGGUCGCCUUCUCCGUCCUUGCGUGUAUCAAGCGCCUGCGAUGUCCUCGAAACACUCUUCACAUGCACCUCUUCCUCUCCUUCAUCUGCCGGGCGAUCGGGGCGCUGGCCAGGAACAACGACAUCAACGACAUCAUCGCGUUGGAGCCUGACUCAGACGGCGGGACGUGGGGUUGCCGGCUCUUUACGUCACUCUGGCAAUAUUUCAUCCUCGCCAACUAUUCCUGGAUCUUGAUGGAGGGACUCUACCUGCAUAACCUGAUCUUCCUCGCCCUCUUCACCGACAACUCCGCCAUCACCCUCUACAUCGUCCUGGGCUGGGGUCUGCCGCUCAUCCUGGUGGGGGGCUGGGUGGUGGCGAGGGUGGCGGUGGAGAACACGCUCUGCUGGUUCACCCACGACCAUGCCUGGGUUUUCUGGACCUUCGUAAGAGGGCCUGUGGGUAUCUCAAUCUUGGUGAGCUUCGCGCUGUUCGUAAACAUCGCCAGGGAGUUGCUGCUCAAGUUGAAGUCCUCGACCACUCCGGAGAGCCGCCGCUGCCGCUACAGGAGGUGGGCUCGCUCGACGCUAGUUCUCGUCCCGCUCUUCGGUGUCCACUACGCGAUGCUCCUCGGCUUCACCUUCUUCAUGGGCAAGAACUCCACCAUCGAGAUCAUGUGGCUCUUCACCGACCAGUUCUUCGCCUCGUUCCAGGGCUUCUUCGUGGCAACACUGUACUGCCUCUUGAACGGGGAGGUGAGGUCGGAGCUGCAUAAGAUUUGGCACCACUGGCAGAUGAACAGCAAGACGGAGAAAAGCAUCAACUUCCACUCCGCCUUGUCGCAGUCGAGGACAUACUUCAGCAGAGGCACCGGGGCUCCCUGGGCGUCCGCUUUUGCGUCAGGGAAGCGGAAGGAUGGCUCGGCGGCGGCAAGGAAAACGUCAGACGAGAUGGGGAUGUCGCGGAUGGAGAAGACGAAUGGCUCACCAGCGCAAGCCACCUGCCUCUCCGUGCUGGACGAUACCCAAAACCAGGUUUCCCUCACAACCAGCCUGGCCGUUGUGGAGCUUCAGCCGACCCCUGACACCAUCAACUCCACCACCACGCACCUGCAGGAAGCGGCUGAUAUAUGCGCGCGUGGGAUGUCGCCGGAUGGAGGAGGAGGAGGAAGAGGAGGAGGGGACAAGGCGUGCGUUCUCCUCUUGCAGCCUCUCUCCCACGUCACCCACGACCUCAUAGACAUGGACUCCUCCCCUUUGAGGCAACACGCAGGGGAUCAAAACUCCGACUCUAUGCUUGGGGAGAUGCCGCCAAUGUCAAGUAUACUCUACGAUACCCCUGGGGACUCCUGUGAAGGGUCUCCGCUGCUCCCAAACAUCUCCACCUCUUCCCACCCCUCCCACACGGAGAGCACCUUCUGAGGCCCAUGAGGAGAAGGCGCCAGGCUCCUUCCUCCUAGGCAAUGCGUUCUGUGUUGAUUUCCCCUUUGUAUAAUUACUUAAUGGAGACGAACUACUGCAUGUAACC